AGAAGUGCUAGAUAAAUUUGAAACAAUAAUUUGAGAUGUUUGAAUUUUUAGUUAUUCUGUAUUUGAAUUUUAAUUAAAUUUAAACUAUAAUUUACUUUUAUUAUUUAGUAAUUAAUAAUAAUGAAUAAUAUUGUAAAUUUAUCAAAAGAAUUUUUACAUGCGACACAAAGAGGUGACUUAGAUAAAUUAAUAAAUUUAUCUGAACAAUGGAAAAUUGACGACUGGACUAUUUUCCGGCAUGAAUCAUCGGGAGAUACAGCUUUGCAUAUAUCAGCUCGUGAAGGCUAUUUAAAUAUUGUUAAAUAUUUAUGUGAUAAUUUUUCAAAGCCUGAAUUUAAAAUAGAUGUUGCUAAUAAAGAUAUGAAAAGACCGUUGCAUGAAGCCGCACAAUUUGUAAAAACUGAUGUAUUGGAAUUUUUAGUAACCCAAGGAGCGACUAUAGAUGCAUUAAAACGCGCUGAUUGGACACCGCUGAUGUUGGCGUGCACAAAAAAUACUAAAGAAGCAUUUGAAUCUACAAAUAUAUUAAUAAACCAUGGCGCGAAUUUGGAAUUACGUAACAAAGAUGGCUGGAGUCCAUUGCAUAUUGCCUGCCGUGCAGGUAAUAUCGAUAUUAUAAAAUUAAUACUAAAAAUAAAACCUUCAUUGGCUGUCUCUGCAAGCAAUAAUGGUCGGACAUGUCUACACGUUGCGGCCUUCCAUGGGUGCUACGAUGCGAUAGAUAUAUUAAUAUCAACAUCGCCAGAAUUACUUAAUAAAAGUGACUAUUCUGGUCUAUUGCCGCUACACGAAUCAGUAAAAAGCAAUAACUUUGAAGUCUUCCACCGGUUGAUCCAAUUGGGCUCUGAUGUUACAUCGAAAGAUUCAAUUGGACAGACUGCGUUACAUAUUGCAGCUUCUGUCGGUAAUAUAUCUGUGAUUAAGUAUAUAUUAACCAAUAAACUGAUAGAUAUCAACUACACAGAUGAUUUUAAUGCCACGCCAUUAACUGCAGCACGGCGUAACAAAAUGGCUGACGCUGAAAACUAUAUAAUUAAAUUUAUAAAUGGUAAUAAAUAGUAAUUGUGAUAAUAAUGAAUAUAUAUUAAUAAAUUAUAAAUAAAUUUAAUUUUUUUUAUUAUUGUUUACUCGUAAAUCGAUAGAUAUACAAUAAUUAUUUGGGCAUUUUUAGUUAUUUUUUAUUUCAUCGCAUCAGUUUUAUAUUUACAUUCCUAUUAUUUCAAGACUUAAAUUAUAAUUCUAGACAUUCUGUCUUUAUAAUAUGUAUUUAUUUAUUUAUUAUAUAUAUUUAUAUUUAUAUAUAAAUAUAUAUAUCCAUAUAUACUUAUAAAUAUAUAUAUUUAUAUACAUGUAAAUGUGUUGUCACAUCAAUUCUUUUAUAAUGGUCAAUUAAUUAAACUAAUCUUUCUUUCUCUCACUUAAUAAGUAUCUCACAUUUAUAUAAUAUUAUUAAUUAAUUAAUUAAUUAUUUAUAUUUAAUUAAUUUAUUCAUUAAUUACGCAUCCUCGACUCUGAUUUACAUUUAAAAGUAUUCAACAUGUACAAAGCAAUAUUUACAUUAUAUACAAAGUCGGAAAUAAAUUCUCGAAGGAUAACGGGGAAUAAGUAACUACAAUAAUUAUAAUAUCCAAAAUAAUCAUAAUUAGAAUAAUAAUAAUAGUAACAUAAAACGUAUCAACGUUUGUUUGUUUACAUAAAUUUUUUCCUCGUUCAUUCAUACAAAAGCGUUCAUUCUUUUAUCUCUCAUUAAACAGAAAAGUUUCUGUUAAUUCAGAUUUAUUUUUAGUUUUAAUUUUUUUUUCUUUUUCUUAUAAAUUCUCACUAUUUUCAAACUCUGUCUAAGUAGACGUGAGCCAGUUUAAUUAUUAUAUUUUGUUGAGUUUUUAUAUGAAAUUAUUGCGAAACGCUAUUUGUUUUUAAUUAGUCGAGAUUUUAUCUACUUUAUUUAUCUUUUGCGUGCAUAUAUGCGUCAAUUCGUGAAUUUACGACUUUUUUACACAAACUACUGUUACAAACUAUUAAUUACUCAAUUUGUUUUCAAAUUGUCUUUUUUAACUUUUUAUACGCUAAUUUUUAAUUUUUUUGCUUUCAUUUUUUAAAAUUUUGUAAGUUACAGCUCAUUACUGUUUAAUUGAGAAAUAAAUUUCGAGUUACAAAAAAAAUAAUUCGUCACUUAAAUGCAAAAUAAGUCUUUUAAAUGCGGCAGUAUUUUCGAUUACUUUGUUUUCACUUAAUGGCCAGUCGACGAAAAUUACCGAAGGCUUCCGAUCAUUGUCGGAAGUUACAAAAUGUUCAAUGGUUACUUUGUUUUCGUUGUAAUAAAUUUUUAAAUGAAUCAAAAAACUAAAAAAAAUAUAAACUUUAUUGUCUUUUAUAAACGUCCUACUAAAUAAAAAAACAUCAAUUAAUUUUCUUGAAACUUCAACUAGUACACAAGACAAUCGAAAUAUUCAAAAAUCUGAAAGUAGGUUAGAUUCGAUUGUUUGCAAUUCGGGUACCAUCGACUCCGGCCGUGAGAAAAUUUUCCAAGUGAAACAAACUUUUUUUUUCUAGUAUACAAACAAUGUUUUUAUUGCGUUUAAUAAAAUAAAAAUAAAUUUUGGAAUAAAAAAAAAAAUAAUAUGACUUUUAAAUAAUUCUUUUAAAUAUACAAAAUCAUAAUAACAAAAUGAAUAAUAAUAAUUAAUACCUAAUAAAAAAUAAAAAUAAAUAGAGCGCGUAAUUCUAAUCUAUCUUAUAUGAGACGCGAAUAAGAUAAUAAUAAUAAUCUAUCUACUUAAAAAAUAUUGUAAAAAACAGUGACUAAGUUUUUCGCCAUUUAUUUUUCUAAUGGCGAUUUUUAAAAUCACGCUAUCUAAUUAUAAUAUUAAUAAUAAUAGUCACAUUUAGUGAUUUAUUAAUUAUUAUUAAUUUUUUUUUAUCUCAAUUUCUUCACUCGCAUUCACUUAUUUAUCAUCAAUUCAAAUUACAUUUAUAUUUAUAUUCAUAUUUAUAUAGUAUCAAUUAUCAAUAGUGUAUACAUACAUAUGUAUAUAUAUAAUAUAUAAUUCUACAUAUAUUUAUAAAAAUAACAUUUGUGACGAAUAACGCAACGUUUCAAAUAUUAUAUUAAUUUACAGUUAGUGAGAUUACGGGAAAGAGGGUGAAGAAUUUUACUUAUCAUGGUCGUUAAUUAUUAGUCAUUACAAUUUUAAACUCUCAGUGCAUUACUCACGUAAUUAUCAAUUAUAAUUAUUCAUUUAUUAGGAAUUUUUACUUCCUAUCUUUCAAUCUUCAUAUUUUAUUACUCUAGUUACCAUUAUUGAGGGCAAGUUUGUGAAAAAAAAUUAUCCAGUAAAUCAUUAAUUGUUUCCUUUUAUAAAAAAAAAAUAAUAAUAAUAAACCGUCAUAAAAAUUAAUAAAUAUUUUGACUUUUAAUUUAUUAAAUAACUGAGUUUAUAUUUAAAUUAAUAAAUAAUAAACAAAUAUACUAGAAACCUCAAUGAAAUUGAUUUAAAACCAACAAAUUGUAAUUAUGUAACUAUAUUUAUGUAUUUGUUAAUUAUCUUUGUCCUUUAGUUACACAAAAGUCAUUUUUUAAAUCAAUUAUGAUCCACAUCGAUAUGUAUUUAAAAAUCCACUCUAUUUCUUCAUUAAUUUAUAAUUUUUUCUUAAAUACCAUAUCAUAAAUUACGCCAGUAUACGUAAAAUACAUCAUACAUAUUAUUAUUUACACAACUAUAAAUACAAUUAUACAAUUUUUCAUUAACUAAAAUUAAUCGACCAUGUUUACGAUAAUAGUAAAAUACAUGAAAAAAAAAAAACCAUUUAUCUAUU